UAUCCAUACAUAUCACAACAGCCGCUAUGGCUGCAAGGGAAAAGGGCCUGGGGGCGCAUUGGCUCACCGUUUCUCCGGAGCUUAUAAGCUGCAGGAGCUCGACUUUCUCUCGCGCUCCGUUAGUCACUCCAUCUUCUCCUCGCAAACAUACAUCCCAAACGCACCUAGACAUCCUCCCUCACAAUGGUCAAGUUAGACGUGGUACAUAGCGCGAACGCUGCGCUGGUGCAGAGUCAGCCCCUCGUCGCUGUGUUCUUCGGCGGUACUGGCGGUAUUGGAAGCUAUACUCUUCGUGCGCUGGCCAACGCAGAGGCCAAGAGUGGAGGUAAAGGCGUUCGCGCAUACGUGGUGGGCAGGAAACCUCAGGCAGCCGAAGAAAUCUUGUCCGCAUGUCGUAAGAUUUGCCCCCAGGGCCAGUUCAGGUUUGUGCAAGCCGACGACCUCUCUUUGAUCCAGGGUGUGGAUAAGGUCUGCGCGGAAAUCAUCGAGUUAGAGGAGAAGGAAGGCCAAGAUGCACGCAUUGAUUACUUGAUGCUGUCCCAGGGAGGCGCGAUCUUUCUGCCACGCAAGGACACAAAGGAGGGAAUUGACGUUACAAUGUCGCUGUUGUACUACUCUCGCAUGAGGGUCAUCCUCCGACUACUUCCAUUGCUUCUCAAAUCGAAUCUUCCCCCACGAGUUGUCUCUGUGUAUGCUGCUGGAAUGGAGGAGAAGCUCUUCCCAGACGACCUCUCCCUGCGUGAUCUCAAGCGUUACAACUAUAACCAAGCCCGGUCACACAUGGUUUACAUGCACACCUUGUUUAUGGAGGCCUUGGAACAACAAAAUGCCGGCAAGAUUGGACUGGUGCAUAUCUUCCCUGGUCUCGUGCUUGGACCAGGCUUUCAGAACCCUGAGCUGCCAUCCUGGUUCAGAUUUAUCUGGCGAUUUAUCUUUGUCCCCCUGUUCGGCAAAAUGCUUACUGUCCCGACCGAAGAAAGCGGUGCACGAAUGCUCAGUCUCGCCUCACCCCGCUAUGCGCCGAAGGGAGGCGCCGACUUCAAGAAGGAUGAGGGUAUUGGUGGUCUUGCAACCGGUACCGAUGGCACGCCGGGUAGCGGAGUCUAUGCUCUCAGCUGGGAAGGAGAAUCGAAUAUUAAGCUCAAGGCCUACGAGAAAUUCAACAAGGAUGAGAUGAGAAAGAAGGUCUAUGAUCACACCAUGAAUGCUUUUGAAGUGACAGCUCAGGGAGGAGUUUUCACGGAGUGAACCAAGCACAGUUCGGAUGACACUUCAUGAGUUAUAAAAUCGUGCAGAUUUGGCUACCGCUAUUUAAUAUGUAUCAUAAUACCCUAAUACCAUUCAUUACAUUUCCUUGAUUGAUAUAACCAUUUACUAGAAGCUAAACAUCAAGCAGUGGCUGUG